GUUCGGGUCGACCCGAGAUAAUCUGCGCCCCACAAUUGACUUUUAUCAUUUCAUCAAUCACUGCAGAGUGCAGAUUUAUAUUCGACUUGGACAGUUCAGCACACCCUCCAAAACUCCAAAGAACCCGCCAUAUUAACCUCUACCACAAAAAUCCUGUCAUCAUGUCUCGACCCGAAGAUAUCCUCCCCCCCGACAUCUACUACUCCUCCACCACCGCGCGCAAAUACACUACCUCCUCGCGCAUCCAGCAUAUCCAAGCGCAGAUGGCCCAACGCGCCCUCUCCCUCCUCAACCUCACCACCCCCUCCUACAUCCUCGACGUCGGCUGCGGCUCCGGCCUCUCCGGCGCCAUCCUCUCCUCCACGCCCCCGGAGGCCGGCGGGCCUCACGUUUGGGUCGGUAUGGAUAUCAGCGCUGAUAUGCUUAGCGUGGCGCUCGAGCGGGGGGGCGAGGAUCCCGAUACCGGCAACUCCGAUGACGGCAGCGAGGAAGGCGAGGGCGAGGAGGAGUGUCAGGGAGAUCUGUUCCUCGCGGACGCAGGGCAGGGGGUCCCGUUCCGCGCAGGCACAUUCGACGCGGCCAUCUCCAUCAGCGCGGUGCAGUGGCUCUGCAACGCAGAAUCGUCAAUCGAGACAGCGGAAGGGCGACUCAAGCGAUUUUUCGAAGGGCUGUACGCGGCGCUGCGGCGGGGAGGCAGAGCGGUGUGUCAGUUCUACCCCCGGGACGAGGGGCAGAAGCGGAUGGUGGCGCAGGCGGCGAUCCGGGCGGGGUUCGGGGCGGGGUUGUUGGAGGAUGGGGCGGGGACGAAGGCGGUGAAGGUGUAUUUGGUGUGUACGGUUGGCGGGGGGGAUGUGGCCGGGGGAGAUAUCACGGGGGUGGUGGAGGGGAUGGAGGGGGUGGAAGUGGACGAUACGAGACGGAGGGUGCGGAGAGGAGGGGAGAAGGGGAUGCAGAAGGGGAGUAAGCAGUGGAUUUUGCGGAAGAAGGAUCGGAUGGAGCGGAAGGGGAUGGUGGUGAAGGCUACCAGUAAAUACACCGGAAGGAAGAGAAAGAUUGCUUUCUGA